AUGGCUUGUAAGUAUUGUCCUGAAAAAUUUUUGUGUCCUUGUCCACCGAAAUGUGAAAAAUGCAACAACGCUGCAAAAAUCUAUCGUGAUGCAAUUCAAACUCUACAUGAAACCCGAUGUGCACCAAUUCUACCCAAGACGUAUGAAAUGACUUGUGAAAGUACACCACCAGCAAGAAAUUGUGAAAGUAUUGAAGUUGAUUCUGAAAGUAUCGCAAGAAAAAGCAAUUUUGAAGUUGUUCCGCAAUUAACAAAACCCGAUGUGCACCAAUUCUACCCAAGACGUAUGAAAUGA